AUGAGUGCCAUGCUCCCCUUUCGCGACAUCAACGUCCAUGCUUCAUCCACAUACUACGCCUUCUCCUCUCCCUCAUCCCCUGACGCGCCCACUCUCGUCGUCGACCGGCCCACGGGCGAUCUAAGGCUCAACGAUGCGAAACUCACCGGCGGCCAUCGUGUCUCCAGCAUCUCCGGCAUCCUAGGCAUCAUCAAACUCCGCCUGGACAGCUAUGUCAUCGUCAUCACCAAGUCAAGCCCCGUCGGGCGAUUAAAGGGUCACCAGAUUUACAAAGUCAUCUCCACCGAAUUCCUGCCUCUACGCGAACGCCAGGUUCGGGAUCACGAUGAAGACACCUACCUCGCUUACCUCAAGAAUCUCAUCAAGACUGGACCAAUGUACUUUUCCUACUCCUUCGACCUCACCAACAGCGCCCAGCGCCAGGCCCAAUGUGACCCCAAAGAACCCCUCUGGCAACGCGCGGAUGACCGCUUCUACUGGAAUCGCUUCGUCUCCUCUUCCCUGAUCGACUUCCGGUUAGGCAAAGCGCAGGGGAGAGCUUCUUCCGGCCAGCACCCUGCCGUAGACCCCUACAUCCUGCCAAUUGUGUUUGGCAUGAUGAGCAUCACCAACACUUCAAUCAAAGGCAAUGCAUUAACCUUUGUUCUCAUCACCCGUCGCUCGAGAUAUCGAGCCGGUACGCGAUAUCUCUCUCGCGGCAUCGAUGAAGAUGGCCAUGUGUCGAAUUUCAACGAGAGCGAGCAAAUGGUCAUCCUGAAUGAUGGUGCUUCUGCUGGGCUGACCAGUUAUGCCGGCGAUCAGGGCUUCGCGAAUGGCAAGCCGGUGGGCGGGAAAGAAACCCAGGUCCUCUCCUACGUUCAAACGCGUGGCAGCGUCCCGGUGUUCUGGGCGGAAGUCAACACUCUACAGUACACUCCGAAACUCCAGAUCCGAGGCGUCGAGUCGGCGACGAGCGCGGCAAAGCGGCAUUUCGAUGAGCAAAUUGAGUUGUAUGGCGACAACUGGAUGGUGAAUUUGGUCAAUCAGCGGGGUCGCGAAGUCCGCGUCAAGGAGGCAUACGAGCAGGUUGUCAAAAUCCUGCAAUCAGCGCCGCAGGAGGAGCAUACGCAGGGCAACAAGGCUAAUGAAAGGUUCAACGUCAUUGAAUCGACGGACAAGAGAGGUUGGUACGAUCAUCUUCACUACGUCUACUUCGACUUCCACAACGAGACCAAGGGCCUAAAGUGGCACCGUGCGCAGCUGCUCCUGGACCAGCUCAAGGACGGGCUCAUUGCCGGAGGCUACUUCCACGGCAUCGAUGUGCCCUCCGGCAGCGUUGACAUCCGCAAGAAGCAGACCGCCGUGGUCCGCACGAACUGCAUGGACUGUCUCGAUCGCACCAACGUCGUCCAGUCCAUGCUGGGAAGAUGGACGCUGGAUCGCAUGCUGAUCGACCUGAACGUCAUGCGCCCUGGCGAGACGGUACAAGACGACCACAGCUUCAACCACCUCUUCCAAAACGUCUGGGCCGACAAUGCAGACGUCGUCUCGCGCUCCUACUCCGGCACGGGUGCGCUAAAAACCGACUUCACCCGCACGGGCAACCGCACGAAAGCAGGCAUGCUGCAGGAUUUGAACAACAGCAUCACGCGCUACGUGCGGAACAACUUUGCCGACGGCCCUCGACAAGACGGCUUCGAUCUGUUCCUUGGUACCUACCAACCCGAUACAGCGAGCAUCGGAUCCAUGCAGCAAUUCUUGGACCGCCGGCCUCUGGUCGUCCAGGCUGUGCCGUACAUGCUGGGGAUGUGCAUGUUCUUUGUAGCGGUCAGCGUCAGCACGAGUCGCAUUCCGGAUGCAACGGUGUGGCCUUUGCGCUUCUUCACCAUGUGUUGCUUGGGUGCUGCUGGGUACUCGGGGAGAUUCAUGUGGCAUUACGGGGCUUUAUAUGUGAACUGGCCGCGUUUGAACACGCCGCAGUGGGCGGUCGAAGCGUAUCAGGAUACUCUCGACAAGGCACAUCGCGAUCCGGUUGUUGGGAGGUUCCUCGGUAAGAGCGGGAGUGACUCGCGGCUUGGGAAUCUUGAAGAGGGCAAGAAGAGGAGAGAGUAA